AUGGUAACCAUCCCUAAAAUCAUCGGGAUUCGAUGGCCACAGAGGUUGUCUGUCUAUGAAAUAUAUCAGAAAUUCACCUGUUUCUUCCCUAGGGCGUUUUAUACGUCAACCUUAGCAUGGUCCAUUUACGUAUUGAUUUAUAAAAUUGCAUAUGAGGUCAUUUCAAUCCAAUAUAGUGAAAAGAUGCUCGGACUAUUUACAGCAACAAUUGGGGCUUUAUUAUGUUUUCUUUGCAUGUAUACUUAUGUUAUGGUAAUUGUCGCCGAUUCCGGAUCUUCGAAGGAUUUCGAAGAACUAAGAAUAGAGGAAAUGAACCCUUCAAUGUCUUCGAGAUACAAGUCAGAUAACCCUUAUGAUCAUGAAGGAGCAAGCUCUUCUUUGCUAUCUCGUGGAACAUUACCCAAAGCAUCUCGUCCCCCUAAGGAAUUAACAUUUCAUUUUGCUAAUCCAGAGAGUGGAUUUCGAUACUGUAAUAAAUGCUAUACUUGGAAACCAGAUCGGUGUCAUCAUUGCUCUAAGUGUGGUAAAUGUGUUUUAAGAAUGGAUCAUCACUGUCCCUGGUUUGCUAUAUGCAUUGGGUUUUACAAUCAGAAAUUCUUUGUACAGUUCCUUGGAUACAUUACUCUUUAUACCGGUUUCUUAUUUAUUGUAUCCCUUUCCGUGCUAUGGAAGUUCUUUAUGGGACAAGAGUUUCAAAACAGCUUUCUAUCGGUCAAUAUUGUUUUGGAGUUUGUUUUGAGCAUUGCCUUCUUUGUUACGCUUGGUGCUUUUUUUGGUUUCCUGUGCUGGGCCGUGCUAAAAAAUUUGACAACCAUAGAAUUUCAGGAAAGGACCUGGUUUAAGGAUGGCGACAAUGGCUCAAACUUUAAAUACGAAUUCGAUAGUCAUGGGAAGCAGAAAAGACUCGAACAUGUGUUCGAUUUAGGAUACAAGAAAAAUUGGAAGAGCAUAAUGGGUUCUAGAUGGUACGAGUGUUUAAUUCCAUGUACAGUGACAGAUAGAAGGUUUCUGAUGGGUACAAACAAUGGCAUCAACUUUGAUGUAAAUCAAGCUCUGUAUGACAAGUGGUUGCAUAGUAUGGAGUUACAAGCUCGACUAAAUCAGCAGCUAGCAGAUUAUCAAAAGAGAGUGAAAGAUGAAAGAGAAUUAAUGUGA